CGCCGCCACCCCCUCGGCACCUGCUGGUGGGGCUGGGCAGUCUUCCCUAGCGCCUGCCGGAAAGCCUCGUGUGGCCGCUCGGAGGACCCAGCGGGAACGGUCUCUCUGGGUCAGGGCCGGGGCCGCUCAAAAGGAGCAGCAGGAUUUAGAAGUUGCCCUGGCAGGAGAGGUGUGGCCGGUUUCCGGAAGGAGCAGGUGUCCCAGACCCGGCUACAGGUGAGCAUGGCUGAGCAGGAGCCCACCGCUGAGCAGCUGGCGCAGAUCGCCGCAGAGAACCAGGACGACGAGCACUCCGUCAACUACAAGCCCCCAGCCCAGAAGAGCAUCCAGGAGAUCCAGGAGCUGGACAAGGACGACGAGAGCCUGCGGAAGUACAAGGAGGCCCUCCUGGGCCGCGUGGCUGUGUCUGCUGACCCCAACGUUCCCAACGUCAUCGUGACCCGUCUGACCCUGGUGUGCAGCUCUGCCCCGGGCCCCCUAGAGCUGGACCUGACUGGCGAUCUGGAGAGCUUCAAGAAGCAGUCCUUCGUGCUGAAGGAAGGGGUGGAAUAUCGGAUAAAAAUCUCUUUCCGGGUGAACCGGGAGAUCGUGUCUGGCAUGAAGUACAUACAGCACACGUACAGGAAAGGCAUCAAGAUUGACAAGACGGACUACAUGGUGGGGAGCUACGGGCCCAGGGCGGAGGAGUACGAGUUCCUGACGCCCAUGGAGGAGGCCCCCAAGGGCAUGCUGGCUCGCGGCAGCUACAAUAUCAAGUCCAGCUUCACAGACGACGACAAGACUGACCACUUGUCUUGGGAGUGGAACCUCACCAUCAAGAAGGAGUGGAAGGACUGAACCCUGGCCCGGGAGGCGGCGGACGGCCGGAGUGUGCCCC